GCAGGAUAGAGAGAGCAGAACAGAUUGGUAGCUGGAGACUGAGGCAUCUGCUUGACACAGAAGCCUGGUAGCUAUGGAUGGGGAAUAAAAAGCAUCUUUGACGUCAGGAUUAAUGAUUGGUCCCUCAUCCGGGUCCCCUCUCCUGGUGUUAUUUGUGUAUGCAGCCUUGCUGUGGACCUACUUUUAUUUGGAGGAGUAGAUCUCUUAGUGGAAGAAGAGGAGGUGCGUGCAGGCAGGCAGGCAGACACUGUGCGUGCAGGCAGGCAGGCAGACACCGUGCGUGCGGGCAUCGUGCAGGCAGACAUCGUGCAGAAUGGUCGGGGCUGAUGAAGAUUGCAUGGCAUGGAGAUCGCUCUGGUGAGUUUGGAGAACGGGAGAGCCCCAGCCGUGGAGGAUGGAGGGGGCAGCUGCACAGCGGACAGGAGGGACCUUCUCCAAAUCCCCAGGGCACCAUCUUGGCUGAUCGACUGCAACCAAGGCAGGGAAGGGCCCCAGCGAGCCCCUCAGCCACCGGGGACCGGGCAAGGAGGAGGAGGAGGUGGCUGUGGAGGAGGAGGAGGUGUGGGCGCACGUUUGCACAGCAGCAGCGACAUGAUCAUGAGCUAUCCUGGCAGUCACAUCAAGGAUGGCGAUGACAUCCACACGGUGAUCCGCCUGGAGGAAGACGAGUCCCAUGCCCACCCGGGGGAAGAAGAGGACCACCAUUUCGACCUGGGCAUCAUGGACCACGAGAGCAACCAGCGGGUCAUCAUCAACAUCGCCGGCUUGAGGUUCGAGACCCAGCUGUCCACCCUCAACCAGUUCCCCGACACCCUCCUGGGCGACCCAGAGAAGAGGAUGAGGUUCUUCGACCCCUUGAGGAACGAGUACUUCUUCGACAGGAACCGACCAAGCUUCGAUGGCAUCCUCUACUUCUACCAGUCUGGGGGCAAGAUCAGACGCCCAGUCAAUGUCUCCAUCGACGUGUUCGCCGACGAGAUCCGCUUCUACGAGCUGGGCGAGGAGGCUAUGGAGAGGUUCAGGGAGGACGAGGGCUUCUUGAAGGACGAGGAGAAGCCUCUGCCCAAGAAUGAGUUCCAACGCCAGGUCUGGCUGAUCUUCGAGUACCCCGAGAGUUCCAGCUCCGCCAGGGGCAUCGCCAUCGUUUCGGUGCUGGUCAUCCUCAUCUCCAUCAUCACCUUCUGCCUGGAGACCUUGCCCGAGUUCAGGGAUGAGAACGAGCUGCCCCCGACGCUGUCCAAGGUGCUUAACGACACCCAGCAGCCACCACCUCCUCCCAGCGGAUUGACCGACCCCUUCUUCAUCAUAGAAACCACCUGUGUCAUCUGGUUCACCUUCGAGCUCCUGGUCAGGUUCUUCGCUUGCCCCAGCAAGGCUCACUUCUCCAAGAACAUCAUGAACAUCAUUGACAUUGUGGCCAUCAUCCCAUACUUCAUCACCCUGGGGACAGAGCUGGCAGAGCAGCAAGGUAACAAUGGCCAACAGGCCAUGUCCCUGGCCAUUCUCAGGGUCAUCCGCCUGGUCAGGGUCUUCAGGAUAUUCAAGCUGUCCAGGCACUCUAAGGGCCUUCAGAUUUUGGGACAAACCCUCAAAGCCAGUAUGAGGGAAUUGGGGCUUCUAAUAUUCUUCCUCUUCAUAGGAGUCAUCUUGUUCUCCAGUGCUGUCUACUUUGCAGAAGCUGAUGAUCCAGAGUCUCAUUUCUCUAGCAUCCCAGAUGCUUUCUGGUGGGCAGUGGUCACCAUGACCACAGUGGGCUAUGGGGACAUGAGGCCAGUAACUGUUGGGGGCAAAAUUGUGGGUUCCUUAUGUGCCAUCGCUGGUGUCCUCACUAUUGCAUUGCCUGUCCCUGUUAUAGUCUCCAACUUUAAUUACUUCUACCACCGAGAAACUGACCAUGAUGAGCAGAUCAUCCUCAAAGAGGAGCCCAGUAGUGCCCAUGGCAGCUGUACUGGGGAACUCAAGAGAAGUCCCAGUAAGGUUUCCCUCAACAAGUCUGCAGAGAAUGUUGAAGGAAUCAACAAUGGCACUGGCUCCAUGGAAAAAUCCAACCUCAAAGCCAAGAGCAAUGUGGACAUUAGAAAGUCCUUAUAUGCUCUGUGUCUGGACACUAACAGAGAAACAGACCUGUAGGCACAUGGAACCUAAAUGAACAGACUAGCACAGGACACAAUUGAACAAUGGAGUUUUUUUUUUUAUUAUUAAAAAAAAAAAAAGGGACAUAUACAUUUUACAAUAGAGAAUUUUUUUUGGUCCUCUCUUGGUAGCAUCAAGACAGUAUUUGCUGUUGAAGACAUAUUUUGUUACUGACUUUUACAGUAUUUCAAAUCAUGCAUAUAUAUUUUGUAACUGUUUCUUGUUGGAGUUUAGCUGUCCUUUCCCUCACUUUGGAAUACAAAGAUCUUUUAUUUUUUAAAAGUUGGAGGUUUACUGCCACAAGGUUGCAAAGAUACAGCAGGAGAUACAAUUGUAAAAAAAAAAAAGAAAAGAAAAAAAAAAAAAGAAAGGAAACUUUUUAGAAAAGCAACAAUUUGCCAGUCCUGUCCUGUCCUGCAACACGAUA